AUUAGGUUCUGUCUGCUGGACCAUGCUUGCCAUACGGUCUCGCAGGGAGUAUCUGGCUAUUCUGCAGUCAUGUCUCGGCUUCAUGCAUCCAGAGUCUCUUCCCUCAUUCAAUGGCGCCUAAGCCAUGUGUGAAAGUUCCCUACAAUCACUGAUGAUCGUCUCGGCGGUGAGCAACUGCGGGGCGCUUCUGGCGGUCUGCGGACGCCCAGGGUCCUCCAAGGGUCUUCCACGACUCUAUCCACAUGUCGAGACCCGGCCGCCGGGGCGCGUAUAUAACACUCGAGCUCGCGCCUUGCGCCUCUUUCCCCACAUCGUGUCUCUAUAGCUGCUUGGGUCUCUACAAGCCCCCUCCGCGCCCGCCAUGCCGGACCGCUACCACAAUCCUUCCCUUUUCUUUGCUUGCUCGCUAUGCAUGAUCGGCCCCAUCCCCUUCAUGAUCGCCACCCGGCCCCCGCCCGCGGUGCGCGUCGCGGUCUUCGCGGCGCAGGUGGCCAUCUCCGUCUAUGCGGUCUCGACGAUGACUCUCGGGAACGCGGCGCUGGACUACCAGUUUGCGAGCCUGGGCUUUGGGUGGCCGGCGUUCACCGCGCUGCACUUCUACUUCCUGUCGGACCCGCUACAUGAUGGGACGCGCCACCGGAAUGAUAUGCAGGCGGCGAAGGACAUGCCGUUUGGCAAGCGUCUUUGGUGGGCUACGUGCCUGCUGUGGGCUAGCCGCGGAGUGGGGUGGACGACGGCGAUCCCCCACCUCCCCCAGGUGCCCCACUUCCGCUCCCGAAAGGACUUCAUCGUCUCCCGCCUCCGUGACACCGCCUUCUUCUACUUUCUCACUGACUGCUGCGGCACAUACUUCGAGCAGAACCCGCUCACCUCCUGGCGCGCGGCCGAGCGGCUGCCCAUCUCCUCCCAGGGCCUCCUCUUCCAGUGCAUCACCAUCACCGUGACAGUCAUCCACUUCUGGGCGAACUCGCAGAUGAUGUAUAGUGAGCUUUCGAUUAUUGCGGCGCUUCUGGGUCAGGAGCCGCGUGAUUGGCCCCCGAUGUGGGGUGAUUUGGGCGAGGCGUAUACGUUGAGGAAGAUCUGGGGCCGCGUCUGGCACCAGCUCAUGCGUCGUUACGUCGCCUCCACCGGCAAAGCCGUCGUCAACCUCCUCGGCGUCAAGCGCGGCACUAACGCCUCCUCCUACAUCCAGCUCUACAUCGGCUUCCUCGCCUCCGGCAUCACCCACGUCUGGGGCGACCGCCAGAUCGACGUCACCGUCGGCCGCUCCAUCCGAUUCUUCCUCCUCCAAGCCAUCGCCAUCACAUUCGAGGACGGCGUCAUCGCCGUGGGCCGUACCCUGGGCAUCAAAGAAAACGCCACCACUCGCUUGGUAGGCAGAGUGUGGUCGGCGGCGUGGCUGCUAGCAACGGUGAAGCUGCUGGUGGACCCGGCGUUGUCGACGGGAGAGCCUGUGGAUUCGGGGCUGCCGUUUUCGGUGAUUGGGGCGGUGUGGCGGGCGGCGGGGAUGGAGGGGAAGAUGAACUUCCCGUGGCCGGAGCCGACGGUCAUAUAAAAGCGUGCGCGCGUGUACAGUGCGACCCGCCACCUUCCUGACACGUCUGUUUUGGCAUAAGGGAAUUUUGAUACGAUUUUUUUGACAUUUUUUGGGGCGUGAAACUGGCCAAAAGAAUGCGUUUGACGCUGAGAACGAAAAAUGG